GAUAAUGUUAAAAUGGAAGAUGUGAAGCCUAUGGAGACGCCUACGACUUCUGAUCAGUCCCUUACCCCUGCCGCACCUGUUGGGAAUGGGCAGCUUAACCCCAGUACUCGGUCAUUCAAGAUCAUCACAGAGAGCCCCCUUGUUGUUAUGUUCCUUUUUCAGCUGUAUAGCCGACUCGUUCAGACCAACAUUCCUCAUUUACUUCCGCUGAUGGUUGCUGCUAUAUCUGUCCCUGGACCUGAGAAUGUCCCUUCACAUUUGAAGCCUCAGUUCAUAGAAUUGAAGGGUGCACAGGUUAAGACGGUUUCUUUUUUAACUUAUUUGUUAAAAAGUUGUGCCGAAUAUAUCCGACCGCAUGAAGAAAGCAUAUGCAAAAGCAUUGUAAAUUUGCUUGUGACCUGUUCAGAUUCUGCAUCCAUCAGAAAGGAACUCUUAGUUUCAUUAAAGCAUGUUCUUGGGACGGAUUUCAAGAGAGGCUUAUUUCCUCUUAUUGACACUCUUUUAGAUGAGAGGGUUCUAGUUGGAACUGGGCGAGCAUGUUUCGAGUCUUUGAGGCCUUUGGCUUACAGUCUACUCGCGGAAAUCGUUCACCAUGUUCGCGGAGAUCUUUCUCUUGCUCAGUUAUCUCGGAUCAUCUACCUAUUUUCAAGAAACAUGCACGACUCUACCCUCUCUCUUAGCAUCCAUACAACAUGUGCCAGGCUGAUGCUGAAUCUGGUAGAACCAAUCUUUGAGAAAGGUGUUGAUCAGCAGUCAAUGGAUGAAGCACGGAUUUUACUGGGACGUAUCCUGGAUGCCUUUGUGGGAAAAUUCAGUACUUUCAAGCGUACUAUUCCUCAGCUUUUGGAGGAGGGUGAGGUGGGAAAGGAUCGGGUCACUUUAAGGUCGAAGCUUGAACUUCCUGUCCAGGUAAUUUGUGUCAUCUCUUAUACUGGUGGCUUUUUUAGUGAAUAACCCGAAUUAUCAGCC